AUGGAAAAACUCUACAAGGAAAAUGAAGGAAAGCUGGAAAUCGAGGGAAAGCCAGAAGAUGAAGUAGAUACAGAAGAUGAGGGAAAGUCAAAUGAGGAAGAAAAGCCAGAAGUGGAGGGGAAGCCAGAGCAUGAGGAAAAGCUCCAAGACCAAGGACAGCUAGAUGACGCGGGGAAACAAGAAAAGCAGAGCAAGUCCCAAGGUGAGGAGAAAGCAUGCAGUGAGGGCAAGCCAGAACCCCAGGCCAAGCCAGAGAGCCAGCUGCGAGCUGCCGAAAAACGCCCGGCUGAAGAGUAUGUGCCCCGGAAAGCUAAGCAAAAAACGGACAGGUGGACGGAUGAUUCCCUCAAGGACUAUCAGGAGGACUUACAGAAAAGGCAUUUGGGCAUUGAGGAGAGGAUGAGAGAAUGUGGAGAUGUGUCAAGGGCUCAGGAAGAGCUAAGGAAAAGACAGAAAACAGGUAGUUUUCACUGGAUGCAAAGAGAUGUACAGGAUCCAUUCUUCCCAAGGGGCCAGCGGGGUGUCAGGGGAGUGAGGGGUGGAGGUAGGGGCCACAAAGACUUUGAAGACAGUCCAUAUAUUUAAUGCCUUUGGCCUUUAAAUCAAUUUAUCUGAUGGGAAUAUUGCCAACCCUGCUUUCCCUGGCAGGCGUUUGCCAGGCAAUGUGCUUUAACUUCAUGCUGAUACUUUACAUUAGGCAUCACCCUUGUUACCAGCAGCCUUUUGCUCCAACUACACAGUGCUCUCUGUUUCAGUAGGGGAUUUUCACCCAUGUGCAUGGAAUAUAUGUUCAUGGUACAUUGUAAAAAUAAUAAAUAGUUUU